CAGCCUUGACAGUGGAUGGACGCGCUUAUCGUACUCCAGUUGAUCCACAACCCCGGAUAUCGUGACCAGCUGCCAGAUACCGUAUCUGUAUCCGCCCUCCACUCGUCUCGCUCACUGUGGACCAGACUCUCGCCAUGGCCGGUCCGUGGAGGUUGGUGGUCGCCCUCGUGCUGGUCGUGGUCAUCGUCGCCACACUGUCCGAGGCCAAGAAGUCAAAAGGAGGUCGUCGGGAGGGAGGAGGAUCCAGCUCGGUGCAGCGGGAGUCUCGGAAGGAUAGAGGUCACGGGAAGGAGAAGAAGGGAGAGGCCAUCGUCACCUCGAAGAAAAAGUCAGCUGAGAAGUCUGAGAAGAGGAGGCACAGAGGUUCUAUCAGUCGCCGCCUUCGGAAUCGUCGUGGGAGAAAGACCACCUCCACCACAACCACGCAGUUUCCUUUGGACCUUGAACCGGCUCUCAUCACAAGUCACACUUGACCACCAGGUGAUCAAGAGAUGAUUAUUGAAGAGUGAUUGGCGGUGCUUUGUUGCGAAUCAUCGCAAUGCGUUUCUGUCAUCUGCUAUUUCAAAUAAAUACCACACCAAGAUAUUUAUACAUUGUAAAGAAUUGUUUGUAUUAAUAAAUGACUUUUGGAAGUAAA